AUGGACCGAGCAGAGCCGUGGCGUGUCGACUCCUCCGGCGCGUUGCACGACUACCCGCUCGCCAUCGGCACAGGCCCCGCGCAGAGGCAUGGCGCACCCGGCGUGUCGCUUGCGCCGCUGACGUUGUACGACCGGGAGCAGCACGAGUACGACGACUACGAUGAGGAGCAGCAUGUCCACAGCUACGACGACGCGCAGCGCCGCCACGACCACGACAGUGCCUACCGCUACGACGAGCUUGACCUCGAGGAGCUGUUCGACCGCGCCUCCCACAGCGACGACUUGCAGCACGGCUACAACGAUGGCCGCGACAGCGUCUACGCCUACAACCCCGCGUACGACAACGGCGAGUGGGACGCACCGGCGCCGAGGACGGUUUUGCCUGUUGAUGCGGAGACUCUUCCGGCCGGUGAGCAGCUCGAGGACGUCGCGGAAUCGCGGGCCUGCGCGGCCGCGCUGGGACUGCGUCUCGAGAGGAUUCACACGCGCAUGCAGGAAAAUCUCGAGCUCUCCACGGGGUACGCGCUGUUCCUUUCGAUCGUGGCGGAGUAG